ACGCCUCCUACUGUGUGACGCAUCUGUGACGCCUCAGUGUGUAUAAAACACAAGAGAAACACCAAACCGCUGGAAACUACCAAGCAGUGGAACAGCUUCAGGACCUGAAAUCAUGGCAGCGAUGCAGGGAAGUGCAAUUGUCAAACCUCAGUUUGGCCCAUGGCUCAUAGCGCAGGUGGAAAGUGGGAAAUAUGAGGGAUUGUGCAUGAUAGGCAAUGACAUAUUUCGGAUCCCCUGGAAACACAACUCACGAAGAGACCUUGGGGACGACGAUGUUAAAAUAUUUAAGGCAUGGGCUGUGGUCAGUGGGAAGAUCAAAGAGCACCCUAACGACAAAGCGAAAUGGAAGACAAAUUUCCGCUGUGCGCUUUCUAGUCUAAAAAAAUUUGAGAUCUUAGAGGAUCACUCCAAAGAUCCGGUCGACCAACACAAGGUCUAUCGCAUCAUCCGUCCUCAAAAUCACCAAGAGAUUCAGAGUGUAGAGCCAGAUCAACUUCCAUUCAUUCAUCAUCUCUACAGUGUGUCUGAUGAAAUUGAGCAAGAAUUGCUCAGCCAGGUGGAGACAAUGGAUCUAAAUCAUCAACACGCAGAAACCCAACCAUGGGAAACCACUUCCCAACAAAUCAUUCCGACCACCUCAAGCAACUACUUUGAGACUCCCUACUCAGAUGUUCAGCCCUUUCAGAAUAACACCCCUCUCCCAGACCCACAACUCUACACUACAGUGCAGCAAAGUAACCUUACAGCUCUCUGGGACCUGGAGAUCUCGAUCAACUACAGAAGAACAGAAGUUUUUAAAACUCGCCUGUCUUCGCCACUCAUUAAUUUUCACUACCAGUGCAACCCAUCUGAGCUGAGAGGAGAGCCAAUCUGCUUCCCAUCCACUGAGGGUCUGAUCGAUCAAAGACAGAUCCAGUUAACUAACCGCAUCCUGGACAGCAUUCAGAGAGGCCUGCAGCUGGAGGUAAACCAAUGUGGCAUCUUCGGCUUCCGUCAGGACCAGUGUAAUGUCUUUGUCAGCACAAGUGACCCGUCUGAGAUCCAGAACCCAGAGCCCAGAAAACUGCAUCAGAACACCAGAGAGCUUCUACUCAGCUUUGAUCAGUACUUAAGAGAUCUGAUAGAUUUUAGAGAGAACAGACGGGGAUCUCCGGAUUACACCAUCUACCUGUGCUUCGGAGAGAAGCUUCCAGAUGGAAGACCCCUGGAGAAGAAACUUAUUACUGUCAAAGUUGUACCUCUGAUCUGCCGUGUAUUUCAUGAGAAAGCUCAAAUGGAUGGAGCAUCCUCACUUCACAGUGAAAACAUUAGCUUGCAGAUCUCCCACAACAGCCUUUAUGACCUUAUAAAUUCUUUGGGUUUUCCUUCAGUAGCCUAAUGCAGCUUUUUUCAACAUGAAAUCAGCCAGCUUACAUUCCUUAUCACACACACACACACACACAC